AUGUCCUGGCUAGCCUGGCCCUUCAGUAAGGUCCUGCUCGCCGACUGCACCCCUUCCCCCGACGUCCAAGAACUGGAAAUCAUCGGCGCCGGUCUGUCGCGUACGGGUACCGUCUCCCUGCACACGGCGCUCACUAUCCUUGGCUUUGGGCCUUGUCAUCAUGGUGCCGUGCACUUCUUCUAUCCGGAGCGGAGCGUAGCGUUUACCAAAGCGCUGAAAGGCGAACCAACCGACUACCGCGCCUUGAUGCGAGGUUACAGAUCCAUAGUCGGCGCACCUCUAUGCAGCCUCGUCCCCGAGCUCCUGUCCACUUUCCCCAAGGCCAAAGCCAUCCUCACCCUGCGCGACACUCCCGAGCAAUGGUGGACCUCAAUGAUGGCCACGGUUCCGCCGAUGAGCUUCCCCCUGUAUAGGUGGAGCGUGUAUCCUAUUCGGUACUUAGGCGUCUGGAACCAGCUGGUACGGACCAUGCUUGAAGAACGGUGGGACCUGCUGUACGGCCGGGGUCGGCGUGUGGGGAUCGAGAAUUAUACAAGGCACGAGGCGUACAUCCGGCUGGGAACCGUUGUGCACGUUCUUGGGCGUGCCGGUGCCGGAGAUACCCUUCCCGAGGAGUAA